UUUACGCAGGUUGAUGACAACAAGAAGCUGGGGGAAUGGGUUGGUCUCUGCAAGAUCGACAGGGAAGGAAAACCCCGCAAAGUAGUGGGCUGCAGUUGCGUGGUUGUCAAAGACUAUGGCAAAGAAUCUCAGGCCAAAGAUGUCAUCGAAGAGUACUUCAAGUGCAAGAAAUGAACGGAAAAUAAAUUUUGAACCUGA